AUGUCUCAUUUUCAUCAAAUAACGGAUGAACAACCUGAUCAUGUCAAAAAGCUCAACUUGGAGAAUAAAGGUUGUAUGCUUGUGGGUAUCAGGAAAGUUCAAAUUACCGAUAUACCUUUACCUAUCUUACAACCUGAUGGAGUUUUGGUGAAAGUGGUUUCUACAGAUAAGUCCCAUACUUUUCUCAUUUCUUCAUUCGACAUGCACGCUUAUUCUUCUGGUGGAGUAGGGGGGAGACCUAUUACCGAACCAGUCAUAAUGGGACAUGAAUCCGCUGGCGAGGUCAUAGCUGUAGGAUCAGCUGUUACUAGUCAUAAAGUUGGAGACAGGGUCGCCGUCGAACCUGGUCUUCCUUGUCGGAGAUGCAUCAACUGUAAAGAAGGUCGAUCUAAUCUAUGUCUGGAUUACCUCUAUUGCGGAGCGCCUAAUGCUAAAGGUUCUAUUCAGAAGUAUUUCGCCCUACCUGCCGAUAUGGCGCCUAAAUUCCCUGAUAAUGUUGGAUGGGACGAAGCGGGCAGUAUCCAACCUCUUGCCAUUGGGAUACAGAUUGGGAAACGUGUUGAUCUUCGACCUCAUCAAACUCUUGCCGUCAUGGGUUGCGGUCCUAUCGGUUUAAUCACAGCAGCCGUAGCUCACGCUUACUCGGUCAAAAAGAUAAUCGGUAUCGAUAUAAACCCCACUCGGGUCGAAUUCGCUCGAAAGUAUAUCUCCCCCAUCACCGGAAAACCCAUAUUCGAUCAUGUAUUCCUCAAUUCUCCCUUACCGGCUGUAUCACUGAAACAUAAAUAUGAAACAGACCCAGCUCUUGUCAAAGCCAUCAGUGAUCUUCCCAGUGGACCAGGCGGAGAUGUCGAACCUACUCAAGCUAAUGGUCAUGAAAGUACGGUGGGUGAUAUGAAAUGGGAAAACGCUAUUGUUCGUGCUGCUGGUUGGUUGGAAGAAUCAGGUUUGGCAGAAGCUGGUGGAGUUGAUAGAGUCGUAGAAGCUAGUGGAACGGAAGAUUGUUGUUUGUUAGGUGUAGCUUUGGCCAAACAGGGUGGAACGUAUUUACAAGUUGGUUUGAGUCAUAUUCAAACUAUGCUCUUCCCUAAUGUCGCCGUGACUAACAAGGAGCUUGAUUUGAAAGGUAUCACCCGAUACACAUCUUCUUGUUUCCCAUCAGCUAUCGAUCUCUUAUCUAGAGGAAUGGUAGAUCUUAAACCUCUCAUUUCCAAAACUUUCCCUUUGGCCAGAUCUCAAGAAGCUUUCGAAGCUGUCAGAGCUGGAAAAGAUAUCAAGAUUAUCAUUAAGAAUCAAGAAUGAUCCAUCUCUUCUCUCUCUCCUUUCCCAAUUUAUAUAUCCAAACCCGAUCUCAUCGUUGCCCUUCCAUUUCUCGUUGAGCCAUUUCUCGUUGAGAUCAAAGUAAUCGUAAUCGUAAUCGUAAUCGUAUUCGUAGUGGUAUUUACCAAAUCUUUCUUCUGUUCUUCGUUCUUUCCACUUUGAUAGAUGGGACCGAAGGAUAUUAGGAUAGCUUAUUAUAAGAUGCAUCAAUUUAACCAUUUUUG